CUCACGAAGCAUAUACACUUCUACCCCGAUUUCCAUGGAAACAGGUCUCCGAUUGCCGACCCUCGAAUGAGAGGUUCCAUUGUCGGUCUUGAGCUGGAAUCAUCUAUCGCUGACCUCGCUCGCAAGUACUACCUAACACUUGAGGCUAUCGCACUUCAAACACGCCACAUCGCAAAGAAUGUGGUGAUGAUGCAGCUCUUUGCGGACACGUGUGACAUCCCCGUCAUCCUGCCCAAGUCACAUUCCGAGGCUGUGGUUCUCGGUGCAGCGAUGUUGGGAAGGAUUGCAGCAGAGGGUGUCAAGGACGGAGAAGACAUGUGGAAGAUUAUGGUCGAAAUGACACCCACUGGAACCCUCGUGGCUCCUAGUGCUUCAUCGAAAGUGAAGAAACUGUUAGAUGCCAAAUACAAGAUAUUCCGAGAGACGAUUGAUAUCCAGAAGCGGUGGAGACAGGAGAUCGAACAAGCCAAGCAAUGA